UGACAGGUGUACUUUUUAUAUUAUUUAUAGUUUUUGGGAAUCCGAUAACUCAAAUUCGGUCUGGAUACAUUUGCUUUUACAGCGCUUGGGAAGAAUUAAGCACUAUCACGGCCACUGAUGGCGGACACUUCAGAAUUUGAUCCCGACCUAAUUCGUUCUUACAAAUUCCCUGAGACGACAUACACCUACACCGAAAGAGAUGUAGUGCUCUAUGCCUUGGGCGUUGGAGCGUGCGCACGGGACGCCCUUGAUGUCGACGAACUUAAGUAUGUUUACCAUGAAGGUGGGCAACAAUUUGUUCAGGUCUUGCCAACAUUUGCUGCUCUAUUUUCGAAUGGAAAUCUUAUUAAUCUGCCAGGGUUGCAAUUUGAUCCACGUCUUCUACUGCAUGGACAGCAGUACAUAGAAUUACACAAGCCAUUCCCUUCAAGUGCAUGUAUAUACAAUAAAGUCAGUCUUGCAGGAUUGCAUGAUAAAGGUAAAGCAGCUAUUCUUGAGAUCGAGACAAAAAGCUAUGAGAAAGAGUCUGGGGAAUUAUUAUGCAUGAACCGGAUGACUGUCUUUCUGCGGGGUGCUGGUGGCUUCUCAAAAUCAUCUGAGCCGUAUUCCUACUCAAACUAUUCAACCGACAAGGUUUCAGCUGUGAAAAUCCCAAAAAGUCAACCAUUUACGGUGUUUGAGGAUUGUACCCAACCAUCUCAGGCAUUGCUGUAUAGGCUUGCUGGUGACUAUAAUCCUUUGCAUUCAGAUCCUAUGGUUGCGAAAAUUGCAGGGUUCUCACGCCCAAUAUUGCAUGGGUUAUGCACACUCGGGUUUGCAGUAAGGGCAAUCAUUAAAUGUCUCUGCCGAGGAGACCCAAACUUGAUCAAAAACAUAUCCGCACGGUUCCUUUUGCAUGUGUACCCUGGAGAAACUUUGAUCACUGAAAUGUGGCUUGAAGGCUUAAGGGUUAUAUAUCAGGUGAUGGUGAAAGAACGAAACCGGGCUGUGCUAUCUGGCUAUGUGGAUGUCCAUCGUUUAACUUCAGCAUUGUGAAUUAGUUUAGUGCAUAAUAAACAUACAGACCUUUGAUUCUAUUUUCAUGUGGUCAAAAUAAUACUUUCUGGAAUUUGUUGUCGAAAGAGGGCGUGUUCAGUAAGUGGCUAUAAAAGCCUAAUAUUGUUGUUUAAAUCAUGACCAUCCAUUCUC